AGAGAAACUCUCUUCUCUGCCCCUAUGCGAGGAAAAUUGUUUUUCCACGACAGGAGAGACCGCUUUUCCCCGGGAGAGUGAGUGUGCAUCGCGGAAAAGUAACGUUCCUUGUUUUUCGCAAUCUUCGCGCACGUCUCAUACCGAAAAUUUUACUCGACCGUCGUGCAAGUAAAUCAAUUUUCGUUCCGUUCGCUGCCGUUUGUGUAUCAUCUAUAGGUGUGAUUUUUCACUUGCAUUUGAUUGUUGGUUCCUUAGGGUGAAUCACUGGGCGAUAGUGUGAAAACGUUUGGGAAAUUGUUGUUCCUAGGGCAGAAGCGGAGCGGCGUUGUUCGAGUUUGAUGCAGCUGUUUGAUGAAAUACGGGGGCGAAAAAGCGUAUUCGAGUGAACUCGUACAAGUGCUCUCGAGCCCGGGCCAAAGUGUGAAUAGUGUCCAGGUCAGUGUUAUAAAGUGCUAUCUAUACAAGUGCCAAUUGAUGUGGAAGGAAAGUGUUGUGGGAAAAUCACGGGUCCCAGAAGAGCGCUAGGAAAAACUAGCAAUCGAAUAGGGGGCUAGUGCGGCAGAAGGACGCCAAAGACGAAUGCGGUGAAAUUGUGAUGAAAGCUCUUGGUGUCGUUUUCUAAGCGAAUUUUCUCACUUGUAUUCGCCAUACGGAUAUGGAUGGAGAAAAGAUAAGGGCCAUGGAAAAUGCUAAAACUUAAUGGUGAAGAAAAGCGAGUACCUACGCUGGAUGGCGCAGGAGCGUUUUGCAAAAGAGAUGGAAAGCAAUAAUCAUUGCGAAUAAAAUUAGGGCGGACAGCAUUUCGACACGAUCUGGCUAUCCCACUUUUCAUACCAAAACGGUAUGUGUGUCAGUAGUGGGAUGCUGUAUCAAUGGCGGUGAAAUACCGCAUACAUCAUUAGUGGAUAAUUAAUCGUUCGGUUGGAAUUUUCUUCGGCAUCGUUCGCUAGUUUCGCCGUAGACGUGAAUGGACUGUGAGUGACUUGGCUUUGUUUGUACGUUAGUGAAAUGAAGUAAAGAGCAAAGGUCUAGAUGGUGGAAUGCAGCAUCUCAUGCUAGGAUUGGAUGGUUUCCAAGUUACCAUGUGGUUGAUUAUACGCGAUACUGUACACUUUAUAAGGCUUUAAGAUACUCAAAGAUGUCUCUUCCAUCUGGUUAAUUCCGUAGAAGAAUGAUAUACGAAACCAUCGCCAUCGCAAUGUGGGACACUGAGGGAUAAUUAUAAACAUCCGUUGGUUUGCACAUCCCUUUUCGCAAACGACUAGAAAUGGCUUUCCUUAAAAGGUCUCUUUCGGGUCGUUGGAACGGCAAAGGAAGAGCGACAUAGGAUAUUAACCGAGGACCACACACACAUGAUCUGGAAACGAUUACCCGUGCCAACAGUAUCAGGAAACGUUUUCCAUAUUUAGACAGCAGAUUUCACACAUUCACGGUAGAACCCCUUUUCAUCCAGUCGCACAACGAGGAAAUGCAUUUUUGGAUCGAUAAGCGCUCGCAAGCUUGUGGUUUUGGUAGAGCGCGGGUGGCAGCUUCCCUGUCUGGCGGCGGAGGGCUCGGUUUCGGGCAUCCCAGACGCAUACCCAGAAAAUCAAUGGUUACCCCAAUACAUCGGUUUCAAACGGUCGACUGUACCAGGCCUCAUCUCUACCGACAGCAGCAGCAGCAGCAGCAGCAGCAGCAACAACAGCAACAGCAACAGUCACAAUCACAGAAUAGCAGUCAUCAUCAGCAUUAUCAUCAGCAACAGCAGCAACCACAUCACCAGGCCAACAAUAAUCAGCCACACAUUCAGCAUCAUCAGGCACAGCUUCAUAGCAGUGGCCACUACAAUCAGCAUAAUAGUAUAGUUUCACCACCAACGCAUCAUUUGCAGGGCGCAUCGCAGAACCAUCAUCUUCAUCAACAGGCACAGCAGCCAAAUAGCUAUCACGUGCCGGUGGCAGUAAAUCACAUAUAUAGUAAUUCAUCGUCACAGCCGAACGCAAUCGAAAUCGAUCAGAGCAGUGGGACGCUCGGAAUUGGAACGCUGAACCAACAUGUGCCACACGUUGGACACGAUGCUCAACUGCUGCCGGCACAUCUCAAAUGCGGCAUGUGGGCCUCCCUUGCCCUGGCGACGGUGUUCGUUGCGGGAGCCAAAUUUUACUUCGACCAUCAGGGUACCGGGCUGGAAGUGCUCAUAUUUUGCGCGUUCUCGGCUACGUUCUUCCUAGCAGCCUGCACAGUUUCACUAUGUCGACGUCCAAGGGAUCUGCAAAUGCCCGUUAAUAAUGUGAUAUCGGAGACGAUCUCCAAUGGAGACCAGAGCUCCCUACAGAACAAUCCGGACCUGGUGGGUAGCACUCCUUCGACGCUGCUGAAUGGUAGCCUCGGUGGGACGCAACAAAACUCGCUGGGAGUGCUGGCGCCACCACCUCCCUACCACAUUGCCAUUCUGCUGCCGGAAAGCACGAAGGAAACGGAUGAAACGCCGCCACCGUCAUACGAUAAAAUAGUGAUAUAAUAGUAAUUAAAAAAUCAGCUAGAUAUCGUAUGAGUUACAAUUGCACACACCCAUCCGCAUAUGGUCAUGGCCUAUAUUUAUAUGAAUGCCCACGAGACGAAGUUUUGUGGGGAAAAUUAAACGCAGUGCAACUGGGUUGCACUUUAUGGGUAGCCGUAUCGUUUACUAUGACACGGUUGAAUGUAGGAAAGGUUUCUGUUGCUUGUUCAAAUUAAGUCUUAUUCGAUAAGUUCCUCGAAAUAGUUAUUUCUGUAACAGGGUUUUUUUUCACAUAGCUGAACCUUGGUCACUAAAAAUGCAUAAAAAGAGUCCAAAGCUCAUUACUACAACAAUGGGUUAAAAAUAGCAUAAUAAGGGCUUCACUAAAUAGCGAAAACAACUGCGUAAGCCAUGAUUAUCUGCUUAUUGAAAUGUUUCAUGAAAUUGCGAAUGAAAUAAUCAAAGAUUUCCGUGAUGAUUUGCGAUCUCUACGCUGGAUAAUAUUUACGCUGCGGUUUAGGCUGUUCAGUAACUCCCCUUCAUGUCUUACAAAUUUCGGGUUUUGAAGUCAGAUUUCAUAAUAUCCAGUCAACAUUUUGGUCUACAUAAAAACCAACAUGCCAAUUUGCUUACAUAAGAUGCACAACUUUCAAUAUACGUGCCAAAGUGGAUGCUAAAUAGGUACACUCCCGAUCAAAAGUUUGGUGUCACCCCCUAAAAACAUGUCAUUUUUUUUAGGCCCAUAUAUCCGCCAAUUUGCGUCCGAUUUCAAAAUCCUAGGUUUCAUUCAAAAGAUAAUAAGUCAAAGAAACUUUGAACAUGAUUUAAAAGACUUUUUUAAAAAAAAAAAUUUGUGUAAACUUAACCCAAAGUUGCUAAAUUUUCUAAAAAAUGAAUAUAAACUUACGGCAGUGUCGCUGGAAAUUGGGUCGACCAAAUUUUAAGAUGAGAGUGGUAAUAUAACCCGAGCAGAAGAAAAUAACAGUCGCAUAACAAAAUGCGUUAUUUUGGCAAAAUAACUGAAUAAUGAAAUCAGUUAUUUUAAUGUUAUUAACAUAACAUUUGUUAAUAAUAACAAAACAAGAUAUAAAAACAGGUUAUGUUAUUUUGUAGUUAUUAUUUUGCUAUUCUCUUCUGCUCGGGAACCCAUUUUCUAUUAGCUUUCAACUGCUUUUUAUAGAAUUUAGCUAAAAAAUCUAGAAAAAAAGUUAUUAAGUAAAUUAACUCUUCAUGUCAUCGACCAAAAGUCACCCCUCAAUAUGAUGUAUCGGCCAAAAGUUUGGGGUCACUUUCGUAAUACACGGAAAAGUGAUUUGAUGAUAUCUUCGUCAUCUAUAGUUCAAUUUUAAUUCUUUUUGGCUCAUAUCAAAGAUAAUCAACUAAAUUUGAGAGAGACGAACCAGCCAAGGGCUGAAGUCUGUUUAAUAAAGACAAAUCCAUCAAAAUCAACUAAAUUUACGUUUGAUGUCUUCAACUUAAUGUAUUAAACGAUUUUUGUAUAUAAAAAUGCUAUGUAAAGUUAACACAUUUCACCGCAUUUCAAAAAAUGAGGCAACUUUACGUUAAGUUUUAGUAUGUAAAUUUCAACAAAUAUGUGUGGUUCAAUGUCUAUGCAGUAAGUAAACAUCAUUCAUUAUGUUUCAAAUAAGCCAAGAAGAAUUAAAAUUUAACUAUAGAUGACAAAGAUAUCAAUAAAUCACUUUUCCAUGUUUUACGAUAGGGACCCCAAACUUUUGGCCGAUACAUCAUUUUGAGGGGUGACCCCAAACUUUUGGUCGAUGACAUUAAGGAUUAAUUUACUUAAUAACUUUUUUUCUAGCAGUUCUGUAAAAAGCAGUUGAAAGCUAAUAGAAAAUGGGUUAUAUUACCACUCUCAUCUUAAAAUUUGGUCGACCCAAUUUCCAGCGACACUGCCGUAAGUUUAUAUUCAUUUUUAGAAAAUUUGGCAACUUUGGGUUAAGUUUACAUGCAUUUUUUUUUUUUUUGAAAAAGUUUCUUUUAAAUCAUGUUCAAAGUUUCUUUGACUUAUUAUCUUUUGACUGAGACCUAGGGUUUUGAAAUCGGACGCAAAUUGGCGAAGAUAUGGGCCUAAAAAAAUUACAUGUUUUUGAGGGGGUGACCCCAAACUUUUGAUCGGGAGUGUACAUCCGGCGAUAUUUCUAAACGUUUGUUCAACCCCAUUAUGUUAAGCCUAGUCACUAUUUAACUAAGUGUUCCUUGAGCACUCCCACAGUUAUUAAUUGAAGGGCUUCCUUUGUCUGCCAUUACAUGAAUUUGUAUAUUGUGAUGCAAGCACAAUGAUACACUAUGCUCAGAGAGUCGAGAAAAUUUUCCCAACUCGAAAACCGAGCCCGCCGUCUUCGGAUUGGCGAUCCAUAGCCUUAACCAUUAGGCUUACUGACUAUUGAAAGGAAAUGCUAAAAUGUGGAGCACAAUAUGCUGUUUUCUGAAAGAAGUUAGUAUAAAUCAUCAGAAUAGUUCAUUUUAUUUAACAAAGUGUAUUUAUAAUUUCUGAAACAGUCUAUAACAUCCAAUGUAUACAAAACCUGUUGAAACAUCAAUAGAUUAUAUUGCAAAAUCAUAUAUGUUGGAAGCUAGAUUUCAGAGCCGGCCAAUAAGUGGUCGUGAGUUCAAAUCUCACCUGAGCUGUGGAUUUUUUUUUCGGAAUUUCACUAAUAAUUUAUCCAUCUUUUUCAUGUACAUAUGUUGAGUUUCAUUGAAUAACAUAUAAUAGGUUGACGAACAGUCAAAAUACGAGAAUUUUUGAUGCACUCUAAGAAAAGUUGCAGCAUGUUGAACUAUUUUGUGAGAGAAAAAAGGGUUACAUAUCCCAAACAAGCUGGCUACCUCCUGUAGGUGUUAAGCUUGCAGUUUUUAGAUCGAGAUUCGGUUCAAAUCUUUUUCGUGUUUAAAAUGAAUCUGAGUUCCAUGUCAGGCAGAACUCAGUCUUCCAGAGGAAGAAGCGCAAACAGGAAGAACGAGAUCGCCAAGCGAUGGAAGAGCUGUACCGCGCUAAGGUCACACGAAUUCUACGAGAAGCUGCAUCGCUCGUGCAGAGGAUUUGGGCCACAAGCCGACUCGUGCCGAGACAAUUACAGGAAUCUUCUCACGAGCGAGCAUUACGAUGAACACCUGAAAGGCGACCCAGUUGACACACGAUCGCAUAUGAUGUUGAAUAGGAUGCUAAAGUGGAGGCGAUACUUUACACGCGGUUAAAUGGGAGCAGGUACGCAUAUAGCCUCCACUUUAGCAUCCUAUUCAACAUCAUAUAAGACUUUGUGAUGACUGGGGACGUUGUAAGCAUCGAAGGUGGCGUGGUAACAGAUCUAGGAGUACGUGCGCAGGACGAAAGACUUCCAGCCCCUAGCCUAACAGGAAUUCAGGAGGAGGUUUAUCGGUUGAGAAACAACAAAGCCGCUGGAGCAAAUCAAUUACCAAGCGAGCUUCCAAAAUACGCUGGAGAAGCACUGGUGACAGCACUACACUUGGUCAUUACCAAUAUUUGGGAGAAGCAAGCAUCCGUAGGAAUGGAUGGAAGCGUUCGUGUUUCGCAUCUACAAAAAGGGCGACAAAUUGGACUGCGGGAGCUAAUGCGCGAUCACAAUACUGAGCGCUGCCUACAAGAUACUUUGAUUGCAAGAGAGUUCGUAGCGCAAUAUCAGGCUGGAUUCGUGGGUGAACGCGUUGCAACGGACCAGAUGUUCGCCAUCCGCCAGGUGUUGCAUAAAUGCCGCGAUACAACGUGUCCACACAUCACUUGUUCAUCGAUUUCAAAUAGGCGUAUGAUACAAUCGAUCGAGACCAGCUAUGGCAGAUUAUGCACGAAUACGGAUUCCCGGAUAAGCUGAUUCGAUUGAUCAAAGCGACGAUGGAUCGAGUGAUGUGCGUAGUUCGAGUAUCAGGGACACUCUCGAGUCCCUGCGAAUAUCGUAGAGGGUUGUGGCAAGCUGAUGGUCUUUCGUGCUUGCUGUUUAAUAUUGGUUUAGAGUAGAGAAUAUCUUAAGGAGAGCAGGAUAAACACGAGUGGAACGAUUUUCACGAAGUCUGUUCAGCUGCUUGGUUUCGCUGACGAUAUUGAUAUUAUGGCCCGCAAAUUUGAGAUGAUGGCAGAAACGUUCAUCCGACUAAAGAAUGAACCAGGUGAAUCGGAUUGUUUAUUAAGGUGUCGAAGACAAAGUACAUGAUGGUAACGGCAUCUAUGGAGGAAUUACCACACCACCACCCCGAAUUUCUGUCGAAAGUGAUAAAAUCAAGGCGUUUGAAGAAUUCGUGUAAUUCUAAUAAUCUAUCCACAAAACUCUGAUUAGACUGGUAGUCCUCUAUGGGCACGAGCCACGGACUCUAUGUGCAGAAGACCAACGCGCCUUUAGAGUUUUCGCACGGAAGGUGUUGCGUACCAUCUACGGCGGAGUGCAGAUGGAAGACGGGACUACGAGGAGGUGAUUGAACCACGAGCUGCAUCAGCUGCUGAGAGAACCAACCAUCAUCGUCCACACCACGAAAAUCGAGAGGCUACGGUGGAUGGGUCCCGUCAUCAGGAUGUUGGAUAGCAACCCGAUUAAAAUGGUUCUCGAGUGUCAUCCGACCGGUACAAGAAGACGUGGUGCGCAGCGAGCUAGAUGUGUCGAUCAAGUGGAGGACGAUCUUAUUCUAACUCUUUAUCUUUCGAUAGAGUCUAAGAACGAGUGGAUUAAAUGAAAGAUGACUGAGAUAUGACCGAAAAACAUUUCCAUGUUUUUGAGGGGGUGACCCCAAAUUUUUGCACGGGAGUGUAGGGAUAGGCGGGGCAUUAUGGACACCCGGGGCAGAAUUGACACCCUCAAUAUUUUGAAAUAUCGAAUAUCUGCCAAAUACAAAUAUGAUUUGUGUACUUAUUGAAUACUGUGCUAAGAAAUUGUCCUUGGGAUAUGCAUACAGCCAAAAGGUGAUUUUGAUAGUCUUUCAUUUGAACAAGCCGCAUCAUUCUUUUCCCAUUCAAAUCUGAUCCCUUGUUCAGUGGGUGUCAUAUUGAACAAUGUUUCAUUACCAAGGCCAAAGUUACUUGUUCAUGAAACUAGCAGUAUUGGAUGUUAUUUUUCCAGGCAAGUAAACAGGAAAGGUCAAAAGAUUUUCAAACCUAUAAGAAAAAAAAAGAUCGUUGAAAUCACUAAAAUAUCUCCUCGUAGAGAUGUACAUCUCUCGCUCGAUGUUACGAUAGGAUAAGUAUUUAAGCUAAGCCAAACUACUUGUAGGAACCGCGGAAAAGAGGAACAAAAUGCUCACAAUCUACAUGCUUAUGUUAGUCAACUAGCGUUUAAACAAAAACAGAAAAACGAUAUUAUUUAUCAUUCGGAACCGAUUCCUAUUAUAAACGUACACGCAGUCAUACGGUAGCGCAACAAGAGCGGGGUCUCAUUAGAGCACAAGUGCGGAUUAAACGUAGGUAAAUCUUAAGAUACACUACAUGCGCUCCAACAAUCUGUACACUACUGCGAGUAUUUGCUAACAGAAAGCUGUAGAAUUGGUUUUCGUAGUUUGGUUCGCGAUAGGAAGCAUUGUGCCAACUGGCGCACAGGAUGCAGUUGUGUUAGCAUUUAAAUAUUGAAUCGAGUAAUUGACAUUUUAAUAAAUUUUAUUAUCGGUAAAAAA